GUGACGUAGUUUCCCCAGACUACGCGAGAUUGGAGUGUUGUUAAAAAAUGGCUUCGAGUUGCUGCGGGGUAAAGAAACAGAAAUUGAACAAUGCUAUGCCCGCAGUUUCAUGUAAUGGAGGACCAAGUCACAUGAAUGGAUUGAAAAAUGGAUAUACAGUAGCUUCAAUUACGAUGUGUUUUUAUUGUUUCGACGUUCUCCACAGUCAUUUACACAACUACGAACCACCAAAACCACCGUCUUUCACUAACGAAUAUUUCCCAUUGUUUGUCACAUGGAAGCUAGGCAAAGACAAGAAAUUGCGGGGAUGCAUAGGGACAUUCUCCGCCACAAGCCUUCACAGCGGCCUCAGGGAAUAUGCUGUCACCAGUGCGCUGCGUGACAGCCGGUUCAGCCCAAUCACGAAGGACGAGUUUCCUCGCCUGCAUUGCUCAGUCUCCAUUCUCACCCAUUUUGAGGAGGCUCACGAUUACUUGGACUGGGAGGUGGGCGUGAAUGGUGUGCGCAUCGAGUUCACCAAUGAGAAAGGUCACAAGAAGACAGCUACCUAUCUCCCAGAGGUGGCUGUUGAACAGGGUUGGGACCGAAUUCAAACCAUUGACUCUCUACUCAGGAAAGGUGGCUACAAGGGGCCACUGAACACGGACAUUCGCCGCAGUAUACGACUUACCCGAUACCGUAGCGAAAAAAUCACCUGCAGCUAUAGCGACUAUAUAAGCUCUCGCACGAACGGCCAUGCAUGACAGUAGGCCGGUACAGUCCACCGACAAGACGACUUAUCAUCCACCAUACGUCAGCAAAACUGUAAUUGAUUGUAAGGUUGAAUGGUUUUGCUCGUUCAGUUUACAUGUUCCAGAAAUCUUUCACUGUUCAUUAAUGUUUGCUCUUUUUGUAUGAAUUAAGACUUUUUUUCUUUUUUUAUUUGAAUGAAAAGGACCCAUUAUUGAUCAACCCAUUUAAAGACUUUAGAUUAAUGGAUAAAAUUAAUACUCAAAAGAAGUUCUUUAUAGAUUGCUUACAAUCUGGCUGCUAAAUAUGCUAUUGUUAUUUCAAAUUGAGAUAAUUGAAAAAAAAGAAAUUCAAUGUGAUAAAAUCCAUGUUACUCUCAACAUUAAACCCUUGACCACAUAGAUACAUAGAAUAACGCAUUUGUAGUCCCUAAGAAAGGUAAAUUUAAUUUAAGAGCUUUCAUACGAGAUUCAAGUUUUAGAGGCUUCAUUUCCUGCUUUUAGAUACUGAUAAGCAGCAAACAGCAUAAAACCUGAACAAACUGUGAGUUACUCGCAGGCUGUUCUGGUUUUAUGCUGUUUGCACAUAGCAAUUUUCACUUUGCUUCUGAGUAGGAAAGGGUUAAGCACUAUAACAUUUCUAGGUUGUAUUCUUAUCUUAGUCUAAACUAUCAGGUGAUUAAUAUGAAGCCAGUGUAAAAAAUUUUUUUAUACUGUUCCUGUAUGUACCGUUCUGAACCGUUCUUGUUUUUACAAAUGCAUGUCUAACUUUUCCACUAAAUGAAAAUUACCAAAUACACUUAUACAAAUAUACUGCUUGGCUAGUUUAAGUGAAUUAUUGAAGUUGUAAGUGUAUUAUAUUUGUUUGUUUUUUUAUUUUUGAAAUUGCAGAUAUUUUAUCACUGCUGUUGUUUGUAAAGGCAUAUUCUUCAAUUUUUUAGCAACACCAUUUGUCAAAAUGAAUUUUGUUUGGAAAAAAUACCUCUUUGUUACAUUUUUGUUGGUUUGAGAAGUCUCUUCUACAUGAAAGUCCAAGAGGAAACCAAAAUUGUCCCUGGGCAAAUAUCUUGUAUUUUCUGUUACAUGUAUUUAGAAAUUAUGUUCAUAACACCAAACAUGUAUAGUAUUCAAAUACAUUUUUUUGUUUUCAUAAGAGUUUGUAAAGAAAAAUUGCUUACCUAUUUCAACUGUGUGUUAAGAAUGAAUUUUAAAUUGUUGUUGUGAUAAUAUUAUAUUGUGAAUGUAUUAUCACCAUAUGACUCCAUGUGACGUUUGCUUUUUGUAUGUAGGUAAUUUAUAAACUUUAUACAAGUAAUUAUGAAAUGGAAGUGACAUUUGCCGGUACAGAAAAUCAAAUACAGGUGUUUUUUAACUGCUUGGUGUCCAAACUUUAGGCUGAUAGCUACAAAAUCUUGAUAAGGUAGUCCUUUUAUUUAUGUAAAGCGUUGCACCUUUAACAAAAUAUGGAAAUAUAUGUCAGAACUGAAGGGAUGAAAUAUAACUUAAUAUCAAAUAUGAAUUUAUGGAUAUUAGCAUGUGUGACUGGGAAUGUAUUAAAUUAACUGACUUGAAUGAAUUUGUCGUUUCAUUUAAAUAAACAUUUUUGUGGAAAUGUUUCAAUAAACAUUUUUGUGGAAAUGUUUAAAUAAACAUUUUUUGUGGAAAUGUUAAAAGCUUUUCAAGUUAAAAAACAACACAAUUUUGUCAGCUAAAACUACAAAAAACACAAAAGAACUUUAAAAAAAGAAGUGAACUUAAACCAUGUAAUGAUAUGCUUUAACCCAUUUAUGCCUAGUGGACUCUCCCAUCCUUCUAAAUUGGAUCAAUUUAUUUCCAAAAUUAGGGAUGCCUUGUAUAUUUAUUUCUAUAUUUAGAAUAUUUCUUACAGAAAUUCCUUUAAGCAAACAGCGCAGACCCUGAUGAGAAAAGCUGCAUCAUGCAAUGUCUCAUCUGGGUCUACGCUGUUUGCCAAGGCCUUUUUUCUAGACGCUAGGCAUAAAUGGGUUAAAAUAUUAUAAUGGACAGGCUGCUUCCUUGUCCUUCUUUGUUAACAGAUUAACAAUUAUACUGCAAAAGUAAAAUAUUAAAACAUUUGUAAAGUCUUGGCUAUUACAAUAUUAUGUUGCUUUAUAGGGUGAUUUGUAUCAUUUAUGCUUUCCUUUUUAGUUUUUAUUUUAUUUGUAAUGCUGUGUAUUUAUAUUUUCCUUUGGUAUCACUUAACAGUUCCUCAAACUUAUAUUUUGAUAAAAUUAUAUAAAAGUAAAUAAAAACUUGUUAAAAAUUUAUAAAAUAAAAGAAAACUUCUUAAAUGUAUAUAUAUAAAAGUAAAUAAAAACUUUUCUAGUUGUAGUUAUUUUUUUCAAACUCAGGCAAGAUUGCUGGAAAAAUAGUGUUUAAAAGUGAUUGUGUUAACAAGUGUGAAUGUUUUAUUUUGUAAAAUGUUGUUUUCAUUCAUUAUUGUAAUUGCAUAUUCAUUCAAACUGCUGUAAAAUGUUGCUUGUGUCAUGUAUAAAUUAUCACCCUACAUAGGGGGUAAUCACGUGAAAAACAGGAUAGUGAAGUCCAUGCCGAGACAUAUAUUUUCAGCCGUUUUAUACCCUUUAUUACUUGUAUUAAUUGUUAAAAUGCGGCUCACUUUCCAGCCAUAUCAGCAAGAAAGUGAUUAGUAUUUAUAUAGUAAUAAAAUUCAAUCUAUAUGUCGACUUGCUGUGAAAUUUGUUAGCGGAUCACAAAAUUACAGCUCGUAAGAAAAUUUGCAGCGAGUAAUGUCGAGAUAAAGAACAAAUAUAAAUUAAAGAACAAAUAUAAAUACAAAUUAAACGCUAAUCACUUUUUUGCUAAUAUGGCUGGAAAGUGAGCGGCAUUUUAAAAAUAAAUUAUAGAAAUAGAGGGUAUAAAACGGUGACUAAAAUACAUGUCUCAGCAUGUUUGUCGUCAUCUUGUUUGUCAUGUGAUUUAUCCCACUGCUUUAGGACUAUCUAGCACCAACUAAGGGCACAUGCGUUUAUCAAACACAGAUUCUUGUUAUAAACAAUUGAUAAGUCCCUUUAAGACAAUUUUGUGGCUUCUGGUUUUCACAGUGUUUAUUGGUAAUAAAAAUAUGUAAGAUUAUGAAAAUUGAUGUAAUCUUUACAGUUUUUAAUGAAUUGUGUGAAAUUGUUAGAUAAACCUUUGAAGGUCUAUUGAGUACAUGUAACAGGUCAACUUUGAUAAUCAUUAAUUGACUGUACUUUGAAUGUUAUUUAAACUGGCUAAUUAUAAAUGUGCAUUAUGCACGCAUGCUUUGUUUACUGUAACAUGAUAUAGGUCGGGUGUAGUGUGUGUAGAGCAAGAACAAAUUAACUUGACACCAUGCAGUUAUAGGAAAUGAAUUAUUUGUUUCUGGACAUACUGCUAUGAAUAUAAAGUUUAGAAGCUGACACUCAUAUGUUUAUUAACCCUUUGCAUGCUGGGAAAUUUGUCAUCUGCUAAAAUGUCGUCUGCUGAAUUUAUAAAAUUAGCAUUUUCUUCGAUUUAUUUCAAAGAAUACUUUCAGAAUAGCAAACAGUUUGGAUCUUGAUGAGACGCCACGUUCUGUGGCGUCUCAUCUGGAUCCAAACUGUUUGCAAAGGCCUUAAAAAUUCGGUUCCCGCAUUUUAAGGGUUAAGUCUAUAACAGGCUACCCUUAUUUUUCAUCAAGGGCAGAUUAAACUCUUUGGAACAUUGAUAUAGCAAAUACAUCACUUUCACCCUUGUAAUAGGCAAUCGAUUGAAAAAAAACUAGUAGAGUUCACAAGUUUGGUCAGUUUGUUCUAGCUAUGUACGUGUACGUACGCUACAAAAAUUACCUUAUGAAUGAUUGUUAUGUUAUUUUGUUGCAUCUCUCAUGUUUUAUCUGUGCUUUGCACGGCCAUUUUAUCACAGUCUUUUCCCGUCUUGUCAGGGCUGUACGAACAAUUUUAGGGAGUUUUUAAUUAGUGUAAUAUUUCUAUUUUGUAGUGUGGAAUUGUAAAUUCCAUUGUCAUAGUGUGUUACAUUAAUAUGUACCCGACUAAGCAGAUAUGGUGAUUAUUUUAAAAUACAUAAUUAUUCUUAUUUGCUGAAUUUACAAGAAGUAGAUUGCUUUGAUUUUCAGCUUUAAGGAAAAAAGUGUGUGUUUUUUCAGGGUGAAAAUAGUUUAAGCGUUUAUAAAAGUAACAAGUUAAUCUCAAAGAUUGUUUUCUCAUGUAAAUUGCAGUAAACUACAAUGCAGAAUUAGCACUCUGACCAUGGGGCCAAGUCCGGAUAUCUCAUUGUCAGUUCAAAGCUAUUUUUCCACUUUCAUUAACUUUACUCAAGACUUGAUGUUUAGCAGUUUUUUGCUCACCUGAGCACAACGUACUCAUGGUGAGCUUUUGUGAUCGCCUUUUGUCUGUCGUCCGUUGUCCGUCGUACGUUGUGCAACGUCAACAUUUGCCUUGUUCACUCUCUAGAGGCCACAUUUAUUGUCCAAUGGUCAUGAAAUUUGGUCAGAAGAUUGGUUUCAAUGAUAUCUUGGAUGAGUUCGAAAAUGGUUGCGUUUGCUUGAAAAACAUGGCCUUUUUCCUUAUACAUUUAUGGCUAUAUAUGGCUAUAGCAAAAAUCUUGUUAACACUCUAGAGGCCACAUUUAUUGUCCGAUCCUCAUGAAUAUUUGUCAGAAGAUUCAUCCUAAUGAUAUCUUGGACGAGUUUGAAAAUGAUGUCGGUUAGUUGAAAAAGAUGGCUGUCAGUUUUCUAGUUUGCUAAAUCUUCAUGAAAUUUGGUCAGAGCAUUUGUUUCCUGUGUAGUAAAGUUUGGUUUUAUUAUGUCAAUAUAAUGUGACAUUAACUGUAUUAUGUAAUUUUUCAUAACACAGAAUUUUCAUAGUUAACAUUACUGUUUUAGUUAUUAACACUUAUGAUAAGCCUUUCAACUAAGAGAUAACUGAAAGAAAGACAACAUGUACAUGAUUUUGCAGUAUUUAUGCAGUCUUUAUCUCCCUUGUUUAAUCUGGUUCAGUAAUCUAUUUUUAGUUCUGCUCUGGAAUUUGGGAAGAUAUUGAUCAUUGAUAAAUGCACUGUUCUGAGGGAAAAUUGACUACUCUGCCAUUGAUCUCUUCUGAACUGUAUAAAAUAAGCUGUUUUGGCUGAUUUAAACACCUCUUGAUGCUUUCUUGAAAAGUUAACAGCUCUUGAAAAAGGUUGGAAUUUUGAAAUAAUUAAACUCUAAAUUAUUUUUAACACCAGCAUCAAGACAUUUUGGCAUUAGUUUCUGCAUUAUUCUUAUUAUUUAGAUUAUUUUUAUUUGGCAUUUUCUAAAUUAGAAAGACUCUAUUCUAUUUCAAUAACUUUAGUAAAUUUUUCUUAUUUUUACAUUUGAUUCACUGAAGUUUCCUUAUCUCCAUUAAUAUUGUUCUUUAGAUUAAAUUAGACCUAUUUUGUAAACUAUAUUUUUGAAGCACUUUCUAGACUAACAGUAACUUAUAUCAGUUUUUUUUGACAGAUUUUGAACUUCUUUUUACAUUCAUUAAGGUAUUUGCUGUAUGUUGUUCAUUUUUGUAACGAUGCUUAGAUUCUUUAGAAUUGGCUUGUACCUGUUCUUAAUUUUCUGUCAUUGUUCUUCAUUUUCCGAGUUCUUGGAAUAAGAAUGAAUUUUUUUUGUUAAAGCUGCCUUGGUUUUCACUUAUAAAUAAAUUCUUUGAGUGUAUUUAGGUAUCCCUGGCUGAACGCCUUUAGUUAAUUGAAUUACAACCAGUCAGUAUAGUCAUCCUGACCGGAAAUAAGUGUUCGUCAAAUAAAUAUUUGCGCAUUACAUAAGUGCUCAUAAAGUUACAUAACUUGUAACCGUCCUGUUCAUUUGCGUAAGCGAAGAAGGCCGCACUAUCACACCUGCAUAGGACAGUUGAGUUAGAUAAUGGUUUGGAUAGGUAAAAAAACAUGACCUCCGGGGGGGGGG